CACCCACCCACCCACACCGCCGCCCUAACUUUCUUCCCCCCUCUUUCCCAGACCGCCAUUAUGUCUGCCCGUCCCCAGAACAUCGGUAUCAAGGCCAUUGAGGUCUACUUCCCUCGCCAGUGCAUUGACCAGGGAGAUCUCGAGAAAUUCGAUGGCGUUAGUGAAGGAAAAUACACAAUCGGUCUCGGCCAGACCAAGAUGAGCUUUUGCGAUGACCGCGAGGACAUUUACUCUGUUGCCUUGACCACACUCUCCUCCCUCAUGCGCAAGUACAACGUCGAUCCCAACUCAAUUGGUCGCCUGGAGGUUGGCACCGAGACUCUCUUGGACAAGUCCAAGUCCGUCAAGUCCGUCCUGAUGCAGCUCUUUGCUCCCCACGGAAACACCAACAUCGAGGGUAUCGAUACCGUCAAUGCCUGCUACGGAGGUACCAACGCCGUGUUCAAUAGCAUCAACUGGGUGGAGUCCUCUGCCUGGGAUGGCAGAGACGCCAUCGUUGUCUGCGGUGAUAUUGCCCUCUACGCCAAGGGCAAUGCUCGCCCCACUGGUGGUGCUGGCUGCGUGGCCAUGCUGAUCGGUCCUGAUGCUCCUAUUGUCUUUGAGCCCGGUCUCCGUGCCUCCUAUGUCACCCACGCCUAUGACUUCUACAAGCCCGACCUCACCAGUGAAUACCCCGUUGUUGACGGUCACUUCUCCCUCCGCUGCUACACCGAGGCCGUGGAUGCCUGCUACAAGGCCUACGCAGCCCGCGAGAAGACUCUGAAGGAGAAGGCCCUGAAUGGCACCAACGGAACCAAUGGCGUCUCCCACGAUGAGACCCAGUCCGCUCUGGACCGCUUUGACUACAUCCUUUUCCAUGCCCCCACCUGCAAGCUAGUCCAGAAGUCUUAUGGUCGCAUGCUCUACAACGAUUUCCUUGCCAACCCCUCUCACCCCGCUUUCGCUGAAGUUGCUCCUGAGCUACGUGACUUGGACUACCAAGCCUCCCUGACUGACAAGAACGUUGAGAAGACCUUCAUGGGACUGACCAAGAAGCGCUUCGCCGAGCGUGUGAGACCUGGUCUCGAUGUUGCCACUCUGUGCGGUAACAUGUACACCGCUACUGUCUACGCCGGUCUUGCUAGUCUGCUCAGCAAUGUCACUUUUGACCCCAGUCAAUCCAAGCGCAUUGGUCUCUUCUCAUAUGGCAGUGGCCUUGCUAGUUCUAUGUUCAGCGCUAAGGUCGUUGGCGAUGUGUCCUACAUGGUUGAGAAGCUGGACCUCCACAACCGUCUCAACGCUCGCACUCUUCUGACUCCUCAGGAUUACGAAGCGAUGUGCGAACUGCGUGAGCAUGCUCACCUGAAGAAGAACUUCAAGCCCGUUGGCAACUCCGAGACGCUCUUCCCUGGUACCUACUACCUGACUGAGAUUGACGACAUGUUCCGUCGCAAGUACGAAGUCAAGGCAUGAAUAAUGAAUAGCAUAUAAUGGACAUUGUUUCGAUGUUUCUUUGACAAGACCAUUGUCUAGACGGUCUAUUAGAUUCCCUCCGGCAUGAUAUUUCCUGUUUACGCGUCUUGGUAGAGUCUGGUGAUAGCGCUCGGCUCUGCGACUUCUUUUCUCUUUCUUAUUUCUUUUGUUUAUCUUUGUCGAGCAUGACGGGAUCCGACAUUUUCAUUUGGGGACCGGGAUACUCUCUACAAAAGGCGUCGCUGGAAUGCUUCCGGAAGAACUUUAUAGGUCUUAUUUAAAAGGUCUACCGAUAUUAAUACUGUUAAUCAAAUCUACGAAUCUCAAUGAAAUUACCUUUUGGAUAUGUG